UUUCUGUUUUGUAGUUGGUUCAUUAUUUAGGAUUUACGUUACCGCUCUUCACAAUCAUGUAAAAUCGUCAGACCAUUUAAACAAAAUACAGAGAGUGGUGUUGUGAAACAGGCACCUAACUCAGGCUUUCGGAACCAACCCGGACUUACAUCCACCGCAGACCUCUACCAAAAUGCCACGGAAGAAGGUGACAGAGGUCUCUGGUAAUGGUGGACUGAAGAGGAAGAGAGGAGGGGGCAAAAGAAAAGAGAGAGAUUUCAGCAGUGAUGAUGAGUUUGAUGAUUUUGAGCAGGAGAAUAAUAAGAAACCUGGCAAGCCUGCCACCAAGUCAGGCCUUCAGCCAGUAACUGUAGCUGAUGACAUUAAGGAAAAAAUAAAACUUGAGUGUCCCAAAGUCAAAGGCCAACUUCUAAUUUUCGGGGCCACCAACUGGGAUCUGAUUGGAAGGAAGGAGGUGCCAAAACAACAAGCGGCGUAUAGGAACCUAGGCCAGAACUUGUGGGGCCCACACCGCUAUGGCUGUCUAAAUGACGUGCAGGUCAGCUGCGUGGUGUCUGGGCCCUGCGCUGCCCACAGCCUCCUCAUCACCACUGAGGGCAAGCUUUGGAGCUGGGGGCGUAAUGAGAAGGGUCAGCUGGGUCAUGGGGACACAAAGCGCCUGGAGGCCCCGAAGCUGAUCGAGGCCCUGGGAGAAGAGGUGGUGGUGGCUGCCGCCUGCGGACGGAACCACACCAUGGCAUUGACAGAAAAUGGUAUUGCAUACUCAUUUGGAGAGAACAAACUGGGCCAGCUUGGCCAGGGAAACCAGACGGAUGCAGUCCUCAGCCCAGCAACAAUCCAGUAUAAUGGACAGCCCCUGGUCAAGGUGGCGUGUGGAGCAGAGUUCAGCAUGGUGGUGGACUGCAAAGGGAACCUCUACUCAUUUGGUUGCCCAGAAUAUGGCCAGCUAGGACACAACUCUGAUGGGAAGUUCAUUGCUCGCGCCCAGCGCAUUGAGUUUGACUGUGAGCUUAUCCCACGUCGUGUCGCAAUCUUCAUUGAAAAGACCAAGGACGGUCAGGUGAUGCCAGUGACCAACGUGGUGGUGCGAGAUGUAGCUUGUGGAGGGAAUCACACGCUGGUGCUAGAUUCCCAGAAGAGAGUGUUCUCCUGGGGCUUUGGUGGCUACGGCCGCUUGGGACACACUGAGCAGAAGGACGAGAUGGUGCCAAGACUGGUAAAGCUCUUUGACUUCCCUGGACGUGGGGCUUCCCAAAUCUACACUGGCUACCAGUGCUCCUUUGCAGUCAAUGAAAUGGGAGGACUGUUUUUCUGGGGGGUCACAAAUACUUCAAGGGAGUCAACGAUGUACCCCAAGUCUGUACAGGACCUAUGUGGCUGGAAGAUCCGCAAUCUGGCGUGUGGGAAGAGCAGUAUUAUAAUUGCUGCAGAUGAGAGUACCAUCAGCUGGGGUCCAUCUCCCACUUUUGGUGAACUGGGAUAUGGAGACAAUAAACCCAAGUCUUCCACCACUGCCCAAGAGGUGAAAACCAUGGAUGGGAUUUACGCUGAACAGGUGGUGAUGGGUUAUGCCCACUCCCUGGUCAUUGCCAGACAGGACAGCCAGCAGGAACAGGAGAAACUCAAGAAGCUUCCAGAGUACAAUCCCCGCACACUCUGAUAAGGCACCAGCUCAUGACCUCUCACCUUUUUUAUUUGUUUCCACUUCUGAGAGGCUUCUGAUGCUAAACAGAAUGCAUCUGGCUUCUUGGUCACCUGUGUAUGUCAUGAUGGGAUAGUACUGGGAUGUUUGGGGAAUGGGGGAGGUUAUGACAAGUCAUGAGUAUACACUGCACAUGCCUCAAAUGGUGUCUACACUGUUUUGGAAGGUUAAUCUGAGAAAGCUCAACAGACUGAGAUGCACUGACAGCUCAUCUGCAUUGAUGGUGCUUGUUCAGCUCUCAGAAUGGUCAUCCCACAGCUGAGGGAGUCUGCUGCAGAUUCUACCAAGCACUUACUACUUCCCACAGUGCUACCCCCCCCCCCCCUUCUUGGAUUCCCCAUGGAGGUCUGUUGACGCAUUCACUCCAUUUACAUGCUUGUACCUUUUUUUCUCAUGUUCUCUCCCUCACAAUAAUGGGUGCUACAUCAACAGUCAGUCCCACUCUGGGGCAAGUCAUUUCCUAGUUAGGGAUGCCUCAAAGACCAACACUCCAUAUCUGUGCCUUUUUUAAAAAAAUUCAGGAUAUGGAAUUUAUAUUUCUUUUUGUUCCCAAAGACCAAUGUUAGAUUUGUUGGUCUUUGUUAAUAAGGUCGGUGGCAGUAUUAAAUGUGUCUGGUGGGUAUGUACUGUCAGAAAGACACAAUCAGGAUUGGAGACUAUUUGGCAAGUCAAUAGGCUCCACUUGUUGAAUUCUGUUACAUUCCUUAAAUUUUGUUUAGUUUAAAUCAGGUUCACAUGUUACUUAUUGGCCACAAUGUGCUAGAUUUGAUUCUUGCCUUUUUGUCAGUGUCAUUAGAUUAACUUGAAGGACUUGUUAAAUGCAGUUAUACAAUUCAGAUUUGGCACUAGGCAGGAAUUAAAUGUAGCAGAUUGAGGAUUUAAAUGUUGCACCUCUGGUGGUCAUAAAUUGCUCAACAGGGUAUGAAAGUGUAUACCCUGGUUUUAAAGAUUUUUUCUAAAAUUUGGCCAAUCUGUAUUGCAUUAAUUUGGUAUUGUGGUGUGUCUCAGGGUCAAAAACCCCACUUGUUUUAAAUUUCAAAACCUUUUUCAUGAAAAUGAUAAAUAAAGUCAUGUAAAUUGGU